AUGCAUCUACCUCAAUGGAUUAUCCUACUAAUUAGUUUUUUCACUACAUCCAUCUUAGCAUCCACAUCUUUUUCAUCACAACACCAAGUGAAUCCCCAUGUACUUCCCAAAGUUCAAUUCCAUGCUUUUGACUCACCGGAAUUUUGUUCCCAAAUCAUAACAUCUUCAUGUAAUACAACUUUCGCCUACCUUGAUCAAUUAAAUCAACAAAUUCGGCCACUGGUUACUGAUUUAGUACAAACCCCCUACUUUCGUUAUUUUAAAGUUGAUUUAGAUAAACAAUGUAAAUUUUGGAAUGCUCAGCAUUUUUGCGCUACUGAAAAUUGUGCUGUUGAAGUUAUUGAUGAUUUUAAUUGGAGUCAGGUGACAAAUGAUAAUUUGAAACCUUCAAAGUUGGGUAAAAUUAAAUUGGCUAUGGAAUCUGGUGCAGAAGCGGUGGGAGAAGCUAGUAACUCCAUUGACAACUCAAUCGAAACUGAGCCAAUUGAACAAUGUGAAGAUUUAGAUUAUUCGUAUUUCGAUGAUGAACAUGAGCAUAAUUGUGUUUAUGUCAAUUUACUACAAAAUCCAGAACGGUUCACAGGAUAUGGGGGUAAUCAAAGUUUUGAUGUUUGGAAAGCCAUUUAUCUGGAAAAUUGUUUCCCCAAUACUAAUCCAAUGUCGAUGAAACCAAAUGAACCAAAGGAGAAAUGUGUGGAGAAGAAUUUAUUUUAUCGGUUGGUUAGUGGGAUGCAUGCUUCAAUUGCUGUACAUUUAUCUAAUGAAUAUUUGGAUUCAGAAACGGGGGAAUUUUAUCCUAAUUUACAAGUGUUUAUGCAAAGAGUGGGCCUGUUUAAUGACAGAUUGGCUAAUAUUUACUUUAAUUAUGCUUUAGUGGCACAAUCUUUAGUGAAAUUGAAUCAUAUUCUACCAUUGAGACAAUUUAUUCAACUGGGUUAUGAUGAUAUUACUCCAGCUCAAAAACAACAUUUGUUGGAAAAUAAUGACUUAUUUGAAAACGCUGAAGUUUAUGAUGACUUAUUACUUCAAGAUAUCAUCCCUGCAUUAGGUUCAAAUACAUUAUUCAAUACGUCGACAUUAUUUGAUCCGACAAAAGAUCCCAAUUUAAAACAAGAAUUUAGAGCCAGAUUUAAAAACAUUUCUGCCAUUAUGGAUUGUGUUGGAUGUGAUAGAUGUAGAAUGUGGGGGAAAAUACAAACUAUAGGAUAUGGAACUGCCCUUAAGAUUUUGUUUGAAGAUGAUGAAAACAAUCAAUCAAAUUUGAAAUUCAGAAGAAUUGAAAUUGUGGCAUUGAUUAAUACAUUUGAUCGAUUAUCGAAAUCAAUUGCCAUGAUAAACAAUUUCAAACAAAUGUAUAUUCAACAUUUACAAGAUGUUGUUGAAGGGAAAGCACAACCAGGACAAUUUAAUAAUAAUGAAAAGACAUUGGGACAAGGAUUCCAUUUCCCAUUUGUCAAUUCUCUCCCAAAACAACCUCAAACCUCAAAACAACAAAACCAUCAGCCUCAUUCAUCAUUACACAAACCGUCAAACUCUGACUCCACCUCAUCUAGAUCCUCCACCCAUCAACAAUCACCACCGCAACAAAAGAAAUCCAUUUUUGAGAUUUAUGAGAUCCCAACUAGGAAUCGUACUUUUAAUCAAGAAUUAAAGUUGGCAUUUUAUGAAGUCUGGGAAGCAUUGAAGUUUGUAUUGGGAAGCUAUAAAGAAUUCCCCGUAGUAAUUGGUAAAGUAUCAUUGGGAUAUUUGAACAAUUUGUGGAAUAAUUUAAUUGGAAAACCUGCCGGAGUACGUGAAGAGUAUAGGAGUCCUUUGAAUGUUGAUAAUGCGGUUGGUGAUGAACAUCAACAGUAUUUGAAUUUGAUAAAUGAGGAGGAUUAG